AUGUCCACUGCCGUCUCCCAGAAUGCGUCCGCCAACCUGCGGCCGCGCGCCGUCCUCAUCCCCAAGGCAGACGUGAGUCUCACGCCGCCCGUGGAUAAGCUUGCUGCGGACGCCAGUGGCCGCUCUACCCCCGUCCCUGAAGAUGCGCCCCCUUCGGCGCAUUCAAUCUCGACGGCCCGCAAGCAGGUGCGGGCUCGGAAUCGCCUUUUCUAUACCAUCGACUACGUACCCCGCGUAUCCCAUUUUGACCCCGAGAGCGAUUAUCACAACUUCCGCGGCUUCUUCAUCCUUUUCUGGAUCUCGCUGUUUAUCAUGGUGGUUACGACCGUGCUGCGCAAUGUCAAAGAUACCGGGUACCCGCUGCGAGUGCGGGUCUGGAGCUUGUUGAGUGCCAAUGUGUGGGAACUGGCUUUUAGUGAUCUCGCUAUGGUGGCGUCCUCGGCGCUCGUCCUGCCAUUGCACAAGUUGUAUCGGAGCGGCCCGCGGUGGCUACGAUGGGUUCGCGGGGGUGUGGUGGUACAGAGUGUCGGCGAAGCGCUGUGGCUAGCGCUAUGGAUCAACUGGCCCUUCAUGCGCAUUUGGACCUGGACCGCCCAGGUGUUCUUUACGCUCCACGUCUUGACUAUCCUAAUGAAGUUGCAUUCAUACGCCUUCUACAACGGUCACCUGAGCGAGACUGAACGUCGUCUUUCCGACCUCGACACAUCCGAUUCGAUGGCACCGAGCUCUCCUGCUGCGGUUCGCUACCCGGAACCACAAGGACGCCGGCCAUCGAUGAAGUCGCUGCACGAGGAGGACACUCGUACCGAACCGCUGCUCCGUCUGCGCGAUGAUCUAGCUACCGAGCUAACUUCUCCCCUCGGUAACAUCUCUUACCCUCAGAACCUCCACGUAGGCAAUUAUGUGGAUUACCUCUUCUGCCCAACCCUGUGCUACGAACUCGAGUACCCGCGCCGAAGCGAGCGCCGCUGGACAGAGCUUGCAUACAAGACCACGGCUGUAUUUGGUUGUAUUUUCCUGUUGACGCUGACAAGCGAGGAGUUCAUCCUGCCAGUCCUUAACGAGGCCCACUCCCAGCUUGAAGCGUUUACCAGCAUCGCCGAUAAGGCGCUCGUCUUGGCUGAGACGAUUAGCAUGCUUCUGUUCCCCUUCAUGAUCACAUUUCUGCUCGUGUUUCUGGUCAUCUUUGAAUAUAUCCUAGGUGCAUUCGCUGAAUUGACCAGAUUCGCGGACCGGCACUUCUACUCCGACUGGUGGAACUCGUGUGACUGGCUCGAGUUCUCCCGUGAAUGGAAUGUUCCUGUUCACAACUUCCUCUUCCGCCAUGUCUACUUCCCAGCCCGAUCUUACUUCUCGAAACCCGUCGCUAUGCUCAUUACCUUCGUGGUGAGUGCCGGCUUCCACGAACUGGUCAUGAGCUGCAUCACCAAGAAGCUGCGUGGAUACGGUUUCAUCUGCAUGAUGCUGCAACUGCCCAUCGUGGCAGUUCAGAAGUCCCGCUUCUUCCGGGGCCGGACGGUCUUAAAUAAUGUAUUCUUCUGGUUCUCGAUGAUCCUUGGCCUUUCGUUGAUGUGUGUACUCUACGUCUUGGUUUAA